AUGGCGAGUACAUGGCGGAGUAUCUCUCUCUUACUCUGGAAGAAUUAUCGUAUUAAACAGCGUGAAAGUAGUUUGAAUCGCAAUGAAAGUACAAAACGCUGGCUUUUUCCUGCCCUCGUACUGGACAUUAUCAUGCCAUUGUGUUUCUUACUUUUGAUUAUUCAGAAAUUGUGUCAAUAUAAUACACAAUUAAUGCAACCAGAGGAUACAUUUUUGAAUAUUAAUGGCAUGAGUUCUGGUGAAUUUGAUGCGACAAUGCAGAAAUUAAUGGAAGCACUGGUUCUGGAGACUGGUGGUUCUUCUGAUUCCUCUGAUUCCACGGAUACCUCUGUGCCGAUUCAUAAACUCAACAAAGAGUCAGCGACGUUACUUUUGACUGUCUUACCGUUACUUUUGGUCAAGAGUAAUCAAAGUUUGGCCAUUUUAGACCGACCAGAUUCCAAUUUAUUUCUACAAUAUCUUGAUAGACACUAUCCAGGAUCAUCUGAAUUAGGAAUUCCCAGUUAUUUUGAAACGACCAAGAUUAUUCCAUUGGAUAAUAUAGCGACAUCAUCAUUCAUCUCACAGGAAAAAGCCGAUGAAAUCCUCUCGGAAUAUCCAAAACAAAGUGGAACUCACAUUUAUGCCGGAUUUGAUCUUCGCAAUAGUCGACGCAAUUUUCAUCCAAUCAGUGAAUUUGUGGCUCUCUUUUAUCGAAAACAACGGACGGAUAUUUCAGAAGACACGGGAGAAUCUCAAUUGAGUCGCUAUUUCUCCAAAACGUUGACAUUUAAUCAAACAAUGUUUUUUCCAAAUAUUUUGCCAUUUCAAAUGGCUAUGAAUCAGUUUAUUCGAGAGAAUCUGACCCAAGGAUCAAGCAGUCAGGGCCGGAAUUCUCCAACUCCAAUGAGAAUCAAUGUGACUUCGUAUCCGCCUAAUACGUUGUGUGCAUCCGUGCAUAAAAUGCUGAUAUCAGCUAAUUUACCAUGGAGUAUUUUUCCAGAAACAUCACCAUUGGGACAAAGUUGGGCAGCAUGUCGAACUGCUAUCACAAAUGGACAUUUAUCACCCGACGUUUGGACGUUUUUAUCAAAUCUUGUGACGAAAUUAGCAUCCAAUGAUGAAUUAAGCACUUUAUCCGUAGCGACAUUACCAAACCGACCGACGGAUAAAAUCAACGGCUUAUUGACGGGAAAUAUUGCAUUUUAUGUGGGAUAUUUAUUCAUGUGGCCAUAUAUACGAUUGGUUCGUGAUAUUGUGAAUGAAAAGGAGAGUCAGCUGAAAGAGUAUUUGAUGAUUAUGGGGUUACAGGCAACGUCACUUUUAAUCAGCUGGUUCUUGCUCUACUUUUUCGCCUUGGUCGUCAUUGCAGUAAUUGGAACGUGGUUGCUCAGUGGCAGUAUGUUUGCUGCAACGGCAGUUGGAAAUGUCUACUUUUUUCUACUUGUGCUGAUGUUUUCGUCAAGUAUGCUGCUUUUUGGUAUUGCCAUCACACCCAUUUUUAACCAGACAAAGACAGCGUCAGCAUGUGCUCCACUGGUGUAUUUCAUCUUUAGUGUUGGAAGCUUCAUUCGCUCCUUUCUACGUCCAGAUAUGAUUAUGUCAUCUCCUUUAUUGGGAUCAUUGUUGAAAGUGCUUGAUGGAAUCGGGUCUCCAGUAGUGUUCAUCUCGACCAUACGCAAUAUUCUAGCUUUUGACCCAGCGACAUCACUCAAUAAGCCAAUUACUUGGGACACUGUAGCGACACCAUACCGCCUUAUGGCUGGCCAAUGCGUAGUGUAUUUGCUUGUUGGAUGGUAUUUGGAAAAUGUAUUUCCACGCACGUAUGGAGUGCAGCAGAAAUGGUAUUUUGUAUUCCAGCCAUCUUACUGGUUCCCUCGACAAUUUGAUUCACAGUCGUUUACGGAUGACAAUGAAGACAGCGAACGUGUUGGGCUGACUAAGAUGGACUUGGAUAGCAUCGAUGAGCGGACGGACAGCACACUUCGUGAGAGCUCUCUCACAGAGUACCUGCAGAGCUUUCAGCCGUCACUUUUUGUAAAGUCAUUGUCAAAGACAUAUCCGAAUGGAAAAGUGGCAUUGAAUAAUGUAUCGUUUGGUGUAAGAAAGGGAGAAAUUUUCGGCUUAUUGGGUCCCAAUGGUGCCGGUAAGAGCACUACUAUGUCGAUUUUGAGCGGAAUGUUAUUGCCCACAAGUGGGGAUGCUUAUAUGGGUGGGUCUAUCAGUGUUGCGAAUAACCCACAAGCGGUACGACAAAGUUUGAGUGUUUGCUUUCAGCAAAACAUUCUAUUUGGCAACUUGACUGUUUGGGAGCAUCUGUCACUAGUAUGUGCCCUUAAAAACAGUUUGGGGAUCAAAACCGUCUCAGAGGAUGUUUGUCGCAGCAGACUAGAACAAUUCAGGCUCGACGAGAAGUGUGACGCUCUGGUAAAAACUUUAUCUGGUGGUCAGAAGCGCAAGCUGUCGCUCAUUUUGGCUCUCUUGGAUUCAUCUCGCGUGCUGUUGCUCGACGAACCUACUGCUGGUAUGGACCAGAAAGCUCGUUUGGACACUUGGGACGCACUAAAGCAUGCCGUGACCCAUCGUGCCGUGAUUUUGACGACGCAUUCGAUGGAGGAGGCGCAGGCGUUGUGCGAGAACAUUGGCAUUGUUGCUGAGGGUAGUUUGAAAUGUUGCGGCUCGAGCUUGUUUCUUCAAAAUCGAUAUGGGGUAGGAUACAAACUCACUGUUGUACGUUGCGAGGAGGGUGGUCAAGGUGACGACCACAGCAAUGUACCGCCACUGGAUCAAGCGUGGAGUGACCGUUUGAUGAAGACGGUUAAGAAGUAUAUUCCGAAUGCUACUAUUUUAAGUGACAAUAAAUGGGAAACGCGUGUACAGUUGAACGAUGGAGAAGAGCGGCGUUUUGCUGAGCUUUUUAAAGAGCUAGAAAUGAUGAAGCAGGCUGGGACUGUCAAACGCUACGCGAUUGCAGCGACCAACUUGGAGGAUGUGUUUGUGAAGGUGACCGAGGGCGAAGGUGUUUAUUAUCACGUUAAGGACGAUGCAGAGAAUGAUGACACCAACGAAAGUGUUGACCCAGUGCUUUCUGAAGGGAAGACGAAAAAGUCUAAUAUGGAGACGGAUUCGCAACCUGCGGACACUGACGAGGAACUGCCAAUGUGGAAAGUGUCAAUUUUGCAGCUUCGAGCUUUGAUUGUGAAGCGUGCAAAGAUGUCUUCUCGUGACAAGAAAUCCCUAUUUGCUCAGUAUGUGUGGCCGCUUGGCUUUUUCACAAUUUUCUUAACCAUGGCUCAAAACGUGAUUUCUAUGAACGAAAAUAUUGAGGUAGUGACGACUUUACCACCGUUUGCGAGGACAGCAUCGCUCUAUGUAGCGUCUGCGCCAGCGGUGACAGAUUCGGUUGCGAACGUUGUUGCACAGAUUAAACAAGACUUUAAUCCGGUUGUGUUCGACAAGAACGCGCAGACCGAGCAGGCCAUGUUAGCUGCGAUUGCGCGUGAGAGAGACACUGCUUUUUUCGCUGGCAUAUUUGUAUCGCAUGUGAAUUGGACGUCAGAAUUGACAGUUUCUUCCCCAGCGUUUGCGUAUUCGCUUUACUACAACGAAACUGUGCCUUACUCGUUGCCUGUAUCGCUGCAAAGAAUGUCACAGGCUUAUUGCAGAGCGCGGUCAAAGCACGUGAAUGCACCUGGAAUUGACAAUUGUGACUUGAUUGUGAAGAGAGGAAUAUUUCCAGUUGAAGUUGAAAUAGGUACGGGGCUAAGCACUGAUGAAGAUGGUUUAGAGUUGGAUCCUGACGAAGCUGUCAGCAUUGUGCAACGGGUAAUGCUGGUCUUUUACCUUUUGAUGACGAUAAGCUCCAUGGUGGGAUUUUACGCUGGGCCAGUCGUGAGAGAGAGGGCAUGCGGUCUAAAGCGCAUGCAAUAUCAGCACCUUGGGACCAUAAAUGCGUCGUGGUUGUACUGGUUAUCGAAUUUUCUGUUUGACUACAUGACGUACAUCGUGGCGAUUACCUUCAUUAUUACAGCACUCGCGGUGUUCUCUGCUCUGACGAAUAAUGCGAUCCUUGCUGCGUGGCUUGUCACGAUGAGUCUGUAUGGCUUGGCAAUGCUCCCGUCACAGUACUUCAGCUCACUAGUUUUUGCAUCACACACGUCAGCGCAGUCGUACAUGUCGUACGCUUCUUUGUUCCAGAUCAUGGCGAUAUCCAUUGUGUUUGCGUUAUCAAUGAUUCCUGGUUUGUGUGGCAAGGCGUACACUGUUGCGUAUUUUUUGCAAAUAAUGCCAUUCUACACGUUUGGCAUUUCGAUGCUGAAUAUCGUGACAGUGUCUUGGGCUCCAGCGCGACAGCAAUGCCUUGCGAUGGGCAGUGACAUUAGGAGUGAGAACCUGCUUGCUUUGGUGAAUGGACUGGCCAACUCCGAGCAUGAGAGUUCCGUGUGGGAUUGGGAGGUCGCCGGGAGCAGUUGGUUUACCCUUGUGGCAUCUGCUGUGAUAUACACGUUACUGUUACUUGCUAUAGAUCAGUAUGAAAUGUACCCGGCCGAAGUACAUUACAAGGUGCAUCGCAAACUGCAACAUUUGCGUCGCUAUUUUUGCUGGCGCAGAUACGUGCAGGGCUAUGCAGAAGCCGAUCAAAGUACUUUUCCUUCUGACGAAGAAGACCCUAACAUGGAUAUGGUGCAUGCGAGGCGAGUGACGAAGGUCUACAACCCUCUAAAAGAUACAAUCUUAAGGGCGUACAAUGAAACUGCAGCUGACGAGGUCGCCAAUGGUCUGGUAAACCGAAAAGGCCAAGUGGUGGCGUUGAACGAUGUUACCUUUUCUGUAGAAAGGCGAGAUUGUGUAGCACUGUUGGGUGUCAACGGCUCAGGCAAAUCAACGAUGUUUGAGAUACUGACAGCUAGAGUUUUUCCUACCCUUGGUACGGCGACGAUUGACGCAUUUGAUGUGUCUGUGGAAGCCCGAGAUGCCAGCACGAGAUACGGCUACUGUCCUCAGGGUAACAUGUUCUAUAACGACUUGACUGUACGUGAGCACCUCGAGCUGUUCUACCGCCUACGGUGCCGCACAAGCAACGCCUUGCUGUCUGAAGGUGCCGUUAUUGACGAGCUCAUCAGGCGGCUGAAUUUGUUUCCAGUUGAAGAAACUGCAGCUUUGCAUCUAAGUGGUGGCAACAGGCGACGGCUUAUGCUAGCGCUAGCACUUCUGAGCGACCACACCUCACUCUUGCUGUUAGACGAACCUUCAGCUGGCGUAGAUGUCGUGGCGCGGCGGCUCAUGUGGCGUAUUCUGCACGAAAAACGGCAAAACUCUACCCAAAUGAGCUGCCUAUUCACGACUCACAGUAUGGAAGAGGCAGAAGCUGUGUGUGCGAACGCAGUAGUGCUGCUGAAAGGAAAGGUAGUGUGGUCUGGCAGUAUUCCUGAACUAAAGCAGCGCGUGUCACGAGGAGUUUCGAUUAGUGUGCGACUGGACAGUUCGGCUAUUUGGAACUCCGACGAGAUGAAGUUCUACACGGAGCAAAUUCGGUGCUCACUCAAGUCAAAGCCGUUAAUGGUUGCUGGCGGAACAGAGUUGGAGCGUAGAGACCUUUUACUGCAAGAGCUCGACGAAGCCUGGAAGCUUUGUCACGGUCUUUUGUACAAGAAUGGCGACGCCACUGCGUUGGCCGUUUCUCGACAACGUAGCAAAACGUGGCUGGCAGGUCUACGAGCUCGUUUUUCGGACGACAGUAGCCGUGAUCGAAAUGUUACUUCGAAAUUUGGUAGUAGCGCCAAGGUCCUUCCUGUCGUUCCAAUCGUUGAGUUUGUGCAGCAGUGGCUUGUGCAAGAAGCGUUUGUUCGUCUUGAGACUGAAUUCUUUAAGAACGAAAUCACCACUCAAUCCGGUAAGGUAGUGGUUCCUGCACACGUGGAAACUGCUUGUGGGAGUGGCACCAAUACUAGUGGAGUGUAUGAAACGUCAUGCACUGAUAAUUUCGGCCUGGCUGAUGCUUUUGCACUCAUGGAAAAGAACAAAAAGCGCUUCAAUAUUGCACAAUACAGCAUCAGUGAAUUGUCGCUGGAGCGCGUCUUUGAGCAGUUUCAGUGA